GUUUUUUGUUUAUUACCGGUGGUCACCGAAACUACGAAACGAAAGCAAGUUUUUCGGAACUAACCUCAUAAAACUCCAGAAAUUGCAGCAGCAGGAAGAGCUACAGACGCUAUGUCAGCAAGUAGCAGAUUUAUGUAUCGGCGCAAAGUCUAUCAUUCAGAAAUUUCAAAUCCAAACUUCCAGUAAGCAACUGCGAAAAGGGCAAGGCCCCGUCGCAGUAAAAGCUGACCUCACUGCCAUAGAAAAAACCGCUGCCGCCGCCAAAGCAGAAGCCACCACUAAAGCCAAAGCCGCCGCCAAAGCCAAAGCCAGAGCCGUAGCUGCCGCCAAAGUCGCAGUCACUGCCAAAUCAGAAGCCAACGCCAAAGCCAAAAAAGCCAAAAAAGCCAGCGCUAAAGCCACCGCCGAACCCGCAGUCAAAAACAAAAACUCAGCUGCCUCCAAAGCCAAAGUCGCAGCCGCCGCCAAAGCCAAAGACGAAGCUGCCGCCAAAGUUGCAGCUGUCGCCGAAGCCAAGGCCGUAGCUGCUGCUAAAGUCGCAGCCGCCGCCGAAGCCAAAGCCGACGCCGAAGCCAAAGCCAUAGUUGCCGUCAAAGUCGUAGCUACCGCCAAAGACAAAGUCACAGCCACCGCCAAAGCCAAAGUCGCAGCCGCCGCCGAAGCCAAAGCCGACGCCGAAGCCAAAGCCGUAGCUGCCACUAAAGCCGUAGCCGCCGUAGCUGCCGCUAAAGCCGCUAAAGUCGCUAACGCCGUAGCCGCCGCAGCUGCCGCUAAAGCCGAUAGAGCCGCUAAAGCCGUAGCUGCCGUCAAAGACAAAGUCAAAGCCGCCGCCAAAGUCAAAGCCGCCGCCGAAGCCAAAGCCGAUGCCGAAGCCAAAGCCGUAGCUGCCGCUAAAGCCGAUAGAGCCGCUAAAGCCAUAGCUACCUUCGCCUUUGCCUCCGCCACCAAAACCACUGCUGCUGCCACUACGAAACCGAAGCAGCGAAGCCAAAAGAAAACCGCCAUCAAGGGCCGCCGCGCUGCAGCUAAAGCCGCAGCCGCAGAAGUUGACGUCACCGCUGGGUCUGUAAUGACAACCCUACGACAAUAAUUUGUUGUCUGUGCCAGUGAUGUAAGGUGUAUCUACUUUCUGAUCAUCAUAGUGUAUUUAAUUGUUUUACUUUUUAUGUGAUCUUAAAUUACCAUAAUACAUAUUUCUGUUAAAAA